UGUUGUGUGAUGCACAGCCGAAGUUCAUUGGGUGGAGCUCUUGCCGCUCCCAAGCUCGUCGACAAGCACACCCACACAGCCAUAGAUGAUGAACAAACACAUCGAAGCAUACUCUUCUAGAACGUCCUAAACACCACACCAGCCCUUGCGGUUCGCCUCAUGCAGGACUUCCAAUCUAUCCCGGGCCUCGCCGGGCGACUGUUCGGCGGCGCGGCCGCGGCGGCAGACAUCCGGCGCGCGCAGGCGCAGCAGGGCCUUCCGGCUUCUCGGUGCGGUGUGUUCUCGCAGGCGCCGCCGGAGGCGGUGAAGUGCCCGCGGUGCGAGUCCACCAACACCAAGUUCUGCUACUACAACAACUACAACCUGUCCCAGCCGCGCCACUUCUGCAAGAGCUGCCGCCGGUACUGGACCAAGGGCGGCGUCCUCCGCAACGUCCCCGUCGGCGGCGGCUGCCGCAAGGCCAAGCGCAGCUCGUCCUCGUCGUCAACCGCGGCCCCGUCGACGCCAGCGGCCACGGAAGCCAAGAACCAGCGGCGCGCGUCCGCGUCCUCCUCUGGCCGCUCCAACAGCGGCAGCACGAGUCCCACGGCCGUCGCGGCGGAGACGACGGCGACAGCUCCUCCCGCCCCGGCUACGCCCUCGUCCAACUCCAACACCAUCAACUUCGCGAGCCGCAGCCCGAAUUACCCCUUCGCGGCAGACGUGCCACCACCGGCGCCGAUAUUCGCCGACCAGGCGGCCGCGCUCGCGUCCCUCUUCGCGCCGCCUCCUCCUCCGCCUCUCCCGGUGUUCAACUUCUCGGCGGCGCUGCCCAAGACGGAGGAGGCGAUCGGCUCUGCGCUGAUCGCGGGCCAGGAGCCAGAGGUGCCCACGUCUAACUCUACCGUCGCCGACAUGGCGCCCUUCAUGUCCCUGGACACGGGCAUGUUCGAGCUCGGCGACGAUGCGUCGCCGGCCGCGUACUGGAACGCCGGGAGCUGCUGGGCGGACGUCCCGGAUCCGUCCGUCUACCUACCCUAGUUUGGUUUAGUUACUCAUCACGAUCACUUCGAUUAAGCUGUGGUUAAAUGCUUCUUAACGACGACCGGACCAACAGCUAGCUGGUAAGUCUACAUGUAUAAUGCUACGUACGUGCUGCCUGCAACUGUACCUUUCAUUAUUUUUCUUUCCUUUCUGUGGCCACACAGGUAUGUGUAAGAAAGCUAACCAUUGUGUCGGUACAACCGAAUCACAGCACCUAUUCCUGUUUCUCUA